AGCGAAAAUCACCGUGAAAAAUGAUGUUUGUGUGAAGUUACAAUUAAAUGACAUGCUCACAAAAUGCUGCGUGAUUUGUUCGUUGUGAUUGUGCUUUUCAUCACGCAAAGUGUUGCCGAGGAAACCAUUGGAUAUAACAAUACCGAUUGCUUGGAGCCCACGUGUCUAAAAUGCGGCCCAAAGGGGUGCAUGAAAUGCCCGAGCCUGAUAGUAUACCCUUCAAGGGAGUGCGUGAAUAUCUGCCCCCAUGGCUACAACCCAAAAUGGUCGACCAUCGUGGAUAUAAUGGGAAAAGUCUGCGUGCACAACGGAAACUUUUUGGGGCUAUCUACAAACGCAAUAGCGGUGCUAACCGGGGUUUUCACCGGAGUUAUAUUGUGCACGAUCUUCAUACUUUUGGCAGGGGUGUACCUGAGAUACAAGCGCAAAAAAUUCCCGCCUCUGAGUGAAACCAGCUCAGAGUUAGAUGAUGGUAGAGACAGAAAAGACUUUAUAAAACAACUGGAAACGCUGAGACCCUACGCUAAGAACUACUUGGACAUGUUAAACGACACCAGAAAGCAGUUGAGAGAGCUGCAUCAGAAUGGCGACAACAACGCCAUCUCUGCCUACAAACCUGUACUAAGAGACCUGGCCAAAAUACUCAUACUCUUGAACAAACCCACGGAGAAAAUCACUGUUCCGGACGACUGGGAGCAUCUUUUCAACUGGGCUGAGAAAGCCCUGAAGAGAUACAAACGCAUGAGCGAGCCCCAGAUAGCGCAGCUCAUCGACUUCCUGCAGGACCCUGUAAUACCGGCCGAAGAGCCGGACUACUCCGUUCGCGGGAGCACCACAAUGAGUACCUUCAAACCCGAGCAAAUAUUCGGGUCUUCGGCGUCUCUGGAAGAUGUCGCUGUCAAAAACUUUAACAGCAACUACGAAAGCACCUUCCCCCAACUGAACCCCCAAUGGAAGUUCGAGUACUCCCUAGUCUCGAAUAACGCGCCUUCCUCGGAGUUCAAUCCCCAGCUCUGGAAAAACAGCAAGGAGUACCUCAAUAGUGCUCUUUUUUCAGACGACGAUUUCUGUCAGUUGGGCUUUAGGCCGCAAGAUGAAAUCACCACGGAACUCUGACGAAAAUUCACGAUUUUCGUUUAAACCAAAUUUUACUAGUCACUUAUUUUUUUACCCUUAAUUGUAAUGUAGAGUUAAGAUUAUCGUGUAAG